AUGAUUACAUUGAAACGGCGUGAAGUUGAAAGUGAUAAACCUUCCACUUCGGAAAUUGGAAUAUUUGUAUCAAAAGACAUAGUUUAUCCAUUUGGAAAUAAAAGUGAGAUAAUCAAAGUUUGGUGGAAUAUCAACAAAUCAGAAAACUGUCUUGAUUGGAUAGGUUUAUUCGAUGCCAAUGAUUCAUCAUUCUACCUGGAUCAAAAAUCCCUUCGUCAGCAUAUCUCCCCUGUGGUUUUCACAUUAACUUCUAAAAAUCUGUUGAACGCUUCUGAAGUCUAUUUUGGUUUGAUCGAUGGAAUGACUGGAAGAAUGUUGUCAAAAUCAAAGAAUAUCGAAAUUUGCAAAUCUGCAACGCUAAUUUUUCAUGGUAUAACCAAUCCAAGGAAUUUUUUCUUAGAAACUGAAAUUUCAGAAGUGAAAAAACCAGAUAAUAUUCAUGUUUAUUUGAAUACGAAUCAAGGAAGAGUCGAAAUUCCGAAAGUUAGAAAAUUGGGAUCUUCGAAGAAAAAUGUGACAUUCAAUUCGUAUCAAAUGGGAUUUGAUUUUGAUUUUGAAUUUGAAGAUCUUCAUAUUUCAUUGGUGAAGCAUCCGGAGAUGGACAAUUUUGACCACUUUAUUUCAGCAAAUCAACUCCAGAAUAACUUCUUCCAAUCGAAAAGUUUCUCCCACAAUUACACUGUUGACAUUGUUUUCAGUAUUGAACCCAAAACAAGUCGAAAAGUUCCAAACAUCAUGGAGAUCGCUUCUUCAAGUCAAACACCUUCGGAAUCCCAAUGGAAAACGUAUGUGGAUGCGAAGAAACGAAAAUUCUAUGUCAAUCAUGUGACAAAAGAAACACGAUGGACAAAGCCGGACAUUUUGAAUAACAACAGCAUUGAACCAAUGACUCCAAUCCAUCAAAAGUUUGCGGACAGAUCGGAUUCUGCUAGAAAUAGCUUCAUAACUCCUCGAAGAACAAUUGCUAUAAGAUCAGAUGGAUGUCCGAAAAAUGAUUUGAUUCAUUUUUUUAAACGAGAUGAAUUCAAAACUGCUCUUUACGAAAAUCAUGAAGCCAUGAAAAUCUAUAACGAGUGUUCUGUAGUCCGACAUGCUAUUCAUAGGAUUCAAAAAGAUUCUGAUCCACCGGCAAAAUUCGAAAACCAACCACUUUUUGUCCGAUUCGCCAACUCAUUUGCUGAUGUGACCCAACCGUUGCCAUCUGGAUGGGAAUGUAUCAGUAUGAAUAAUCGAACAGUUUUUCUCAAUCAUUCCAACAAGGAGACUAGCUUUUUUGAUCCAAGAAUCCGAAGAUUUGAAACAAAAACAACAAAAAGAGGUCGAAGUGUUCCAAGUAGAAGUUCGAAUCAGAUCAAAAAUAAAAUCGAUCAUGCUUUAAUUAGCAAGUGUGAGGAUUUGAGAAAGAUUGCUCAGGAUAACUUUCCACAAAUAGCAGAGAGGAUCAGUAAGAAACUAAUGCUAAUUGAGAGGUUUGGUGGACUAGCAGUAGCAAGUCUGGCAAACGAUCUGGAUAUUACUUUGGCAUUGAGUAUGCUAGAUUCAAGUACGGAAAAGUCAAAGAAAACAGAAGAAGGAGAUAGCAUAAAACUAUUUUAUGAAGAGAUGAAAAAAGAAAAAUUAGGAAAAGGACCAAGUAGAUUAUGUUGGAAAGUUUCAAGAGAUAGGUUGCUGGAUGAUGCAUUCCGAGUGAUUCUCAGUGUGGAUCCAUUCGUUUUGAAGAAAUCGAGACUACAUAUUCGCUUUGAAGGAGAGUUGGCACUCGACUAUGGAGGUCUCUCACGAGAAUUCUUUAUUCUCUUGUCUCGAGAACUAUUUCAUCCAAACAACGGCUAUUUUGAAUACGAAGGCAACGAUUAUCAUCUUCAAUUGAGGCCACGUGGAUGUGAAUCUGAAAAAGAGAGAAAGUGGUUGACUUUGUGCGGAAAAGUGCUUGCUCUAGCAAUAAUUCACCGAUGUUAUAUUGAUGUAUUCUUUUCAAAUAUCUUCUACAAGUGCCUACAGAGAAAGCCAAUCGACUUGUCCGACUUUCAAGAAUCAGAUGCCGACUUCUACAAAAGUAUGAAUUGGCUUUUGGAAAACGACGUCGAUGCCCUUGAAAUGUCCUUUGUUUACAGUAGUAUGGUCAAUGGAAAAGCGAUCUUUUUUCAGCUAACCGAACAAGAACUUUUGAAUGGUGGAGACAAGAAAAUCGUGACGAAUUCUAAUAAAACAGAAUUCGUAGAGUUGAUGUGUCAGAAAAAGUCGACAAGGGGAAUCGAGAAACCAUUGGAGAUUAUUUUAGAAUCGUUCAGUCAGAUUCUGAAAGCUGAUAUUUUAAAUGGAAUGUGCUCAUCAGAACUGAAAAGGAUAUUGAGUGGAUCAUUAGAACUCGAUUUGAACGAUUGGAGGAUAAAUACAAUUUACAAGGGUGGAUACUCGGACUGUCACAUUGUGAUCGAAUGGUUUUGGGAAGUGAUAGAGACCAUGACAAAUCAGGAGAGAUUCGAUUUGCUGUUGUUUGUCACCGGCAGUUCUUCAGUCCCUUUUGAAGGCUUCUCGGCGCUACGUGGAAACGAUGAGAUCAGCAAGUUUUGUAUCGAGAAGUGGGGAGAUGCCACUUCUCUACCUAGGUUCUCUAUUUUUGGAAUUCUGGAAGUCUAUUCAAUUUUCAGAGCUCAUACUUGUUUCAACAGACUUCAACUCCCUUCGUACAACACUAAACACAAUUUGAAAUCAAAAUUACAACAAGCGAUAUCAAAUGGAAUGAGCUAUUCAAUAGAAUAG